AUGGAAUCCUUGCCGAACCCCUACCGGCAGUCUGUUUCCCUGACUGUGGGUUAUAUGGUGAAGAUCAAGACAGAUCUUCUGUGUCCCUCUGGAGGGAGCCCAGAAUUUGUGGUGAAUUUCUACGUGUGUCCUGAGGAAGGUGGCGACAUCGCAUUCCAUUUCUGAGUCUACGCGAAGAACGUGCUGGUGAUGAACAGCUUCCAGGAAGGGGGAAGGAGGGAGGAAGAGAAAGCAUCUUCUGACCCCUUUGUGCCAGGGCAGCCGUUGGAGCUUCGAUUUUGGGUGCUGGAGAAUGAAUACCAGGUGUUUGUGAAUAACAAGGCCACCUACGUCUUUGCCCACUGCCCGCCCUCACAGUCUGUAAAAAUGCUGGAGGUGAAGGGGGAUAUUGUGCUUACUUCCGUGGAAGUAUGUUGAGGGGCAGAAGAUCUUGCAAUGAAAACAUCCACCCCGUUAUACUCUACAAUGUGCAGGACCAGAGCAACGCCCAGAAGAUGCCAGGACACCCCCCUGUUGCCACACUUACGCUAAUGAUAAUAAA